GUAUUCAAUUUUUAUAUUUCCAGAAAAACAAUUCUACUGCUUCUCACUCACACCACAUUAAUCCUUUUCUCUUUAAUUAUCAUAGCCGGUGUCGUGUCGCCGGAAAAUACGCUGCCGCCUGCGAUCAGAUUUAUAAUUAGGAUUCCGGUGGUCUUCGAAGAGGUUGGUUGGAGUUCUGGAUGAGAGAAGAGUGGAAAGUGGAAAGUUUAUUGUACGGUUGAAGACGCAAAAUGUUAUUGUUUGUAGCGGUGUUUUCAGAACAAAGGAUUUUGGAUGUCCAAGGGUCCUGGGCAUAUAGCUGAUGGAGAUGCAGCAUUUGAUAAUUCUUCCAGGGUUGAACCAAAAAGGCCUCAUCAGUGGUUUGUCCGUACUGGUGAAGCAGAGCUGUUUCCAAACAAGAAGCAAGUUGUACACGCUCCAAACAACAAAUCAAGUGUUGAAAUGUCUAAUGCAAAUGUUCCUUACUGGGGAAACACUUCCAGUUUUCAGUCAGUUCCAAACCAAUUUAUUGACCAGUUGUUUGGAUCUGAAAAUGCAAGGUCCAUCAGUUUUACUGAAAGGAACUUUUGUCCUGUUGGAACAGAUGACAUGAAAAGGAAUGGUAUUGAAGAACAUUUUGGAGAAGAUGAAUCUGCUAGAUUGUCAAUGUCCCAUGCUAUAGAAGAUUCUGAAACAGUUAGCUACAGUGGAUAUAGAAAAGUGAAAGUCAAUCAGGUGAAGGACUCCAAUAAUGGUAUGCAUCAGCCAGAGGAACAUAGUCUUAAUAGUGAUAGUAAUAAUGACUUGUCUACAGUACAUGCCUAUAACAAGGAAAGCCAAAGUAUUUAUAUGACAAUGGGGCAGGCCUGUAAUAAGGAGGAUGACAGUGUUACAUUGAUGGGUCAUACCUAUAGCAGGGGGGAUGUACAUAUUAGAUCAGCCUCUCCCGCUUAUGGCAAGGUUGACAAUGGUGACAUAUCUUUUUCUGACACCUAUCGGAAAGAAGAUGCCAAUAUAGUAUCCUUUAUUGGAUUUGAUGAUGAACAUGAUAUUAUACCUGUGGGGCAGCCCAUUAGUGGCUUUGACUUACCAUACUCUUCAGUUCAAACUUCAGAAGCAGCCACUGGAAAGCAUUUGAAUGCAUCAAAUGUGACUGCAGUUGCAGCCGCGCCUCAAGCUGCUAAAGCAAAACCUGAAUCUGUCUCCAAGAAUAAACAAGAGUUGAAAAGCUCCAGGAAAGAAGCUCCAAACACCUUCCCUUCAAAUGUUAGAAGUUUGAUAUCAACUGGUAUGCUUGAUGGAGUCCCUGUGAAGUAUGUAUCAUUGUCACGGGAGGAGCUUCGAGGCAUUAUAAAAGGAUCUGGUUAUCUUUGUGGGUGUCAAUCAUGUAAUUACUCAAAGGUGCUAAAUGCUUAUGAGUUUGAGCGCCAUGCGGGCUGCAAAACAAAGCACCCAAACAAUCACAUAUAUUUUGAGAAUGGAAAGACUAUCUAUCAGAUAGUACAAGAAUUAAGGAGCACUCCUGCGAGCAUGUUAUUUGAUACAAUUCAAACAGUUUUUGGUGCUCCUAUUAAUCAGAAAUCUUUUCGCAUUUGGAAAGAGUCAUUUCAAGCAGCGACACGUGAGCUUCAACGAAUUUAUGGAAAGGAAGAACUGAACCUGUGAAAUGCGAAAUGGUAAUUUGGAGAAAUGUGAGAUAGAAUAAUGUCUGUGCAUAGUAACAAGUAUUUCAGUGGUAACUUAAGUAUCCUGUGAAGAUGAGCCAACCGAAGGUUUUUAUUAGACCGGUGCAAUAUUGUGUAGGACUUAUCAUUGUGCUUCUUAGUUCGUGGGGAUGACGUUUUCAUAUACAAAAGCCAAAGUAAAGAUUUCCAUAGGAGAGCGCAUGUAAUUAUGGUUGGAGAUGCAGGUUUUGUGUGCCGUGGAAAUCCGUGGCAUACCUCUUCAAUGUAACUAGCCUUUGGUCAUUCUAGUGUUACAUUUUGAUGUUGUAUAAAUUAUUGUAGUGAUUAUAUUCAUCCUCAUCAGUAUCUUAUGAUA